AUGGUUACUACCCGCAGCUCAAAAGCUCAGGCCCUAAAUGAGACUCCAGCACUUCCACCGCCGUCUGGAAAUAGCGCCCCAGUUGUUCGUUCGGGUUUUCAGGCCAUCUGCUCAGCCUCCUUGGCCUCUCCCACGGAGCUUCAUGCCAACAAGUACAUGAUUUCCGGCCCGGUACGACCUUUCACUCCGGUGAACUCGCCAAAAGAAAAAAUUCCCGUCCCGAUCCAUCCUUCAACCGUAGCUCCGGGAUCAAGUCGUGUCGGCCAACAUGUCGACCCCAAUUUAGUUCAAGAAGGUAUUAACUUCUAUCCCCUCCAAAGCCGUUGGUCCCCGGCUUUCACCCCAUCGGUUGGAAACUUCCCUCCCGGGCUUAGAAGCCCAGAAUUUGUCAAUCCUAGCUCCACCGACGGAAGCUCCGACUCUGAGUCUGGAUCUUCCCAUUCCUCGGUUUCUGACGGGUUCAGCUCGGGAUCCGAGUCUAACUCCAGCGUCCCGGCUUCUGCUCCUCCUUCCAUUCCAAACUCAUCCGCGUUCCCUUCGCCUUCUUCUUCGGAUCUCCGAUCGGUUCCGCCCUCAGAAAUAUUCUACGCCACUCGACCAAGACCACAACCUGUCGCCACGGGGUCUGGCAAUUCCUACGAUGACCCUAUGGUCGUCGACGACGAUUCCGCCUCUGAUUCUCGUCCAGAUUCCAUUCCCUUUGGUCCUACCACUGACUGGGGGUCGACUCAACAGGCUGCUCCUCCGGCCAACACUGUCAAUCCCGAUCCAUCCGCUCGAGAGAUGAUGGCGUUCGACUACCGCGCCAUCCGGGAGCAACUAGUCGGCUCCAAUCCACUACCGUUCGGUACACAAGUAUAUCGAGAGGAAGACCUUCUCUUCCUAUUUCAGAAUGUCGCCAACAAUUUCAUACACUUGUCCAAUAAGUACCCCGCCUCGACUCUCGGCGAAAUCGAGGAUCGUGUUCAAUUCUAUCAGAACCUGCAAUGGGUUUUCACCGCUGACCGUCAGGUUUUCCUGGCCACCCACUGCGGCUAUCCCUAG